AUGUCUGCCUCUGUGCCAUGGCGCCAGCCGCCCGGCGCUGCGGCCAUGAAUCCCCCAGCACCUGCUUACACCGCCGUUCCUGCUCGUCGCGCCUUUGCCCGACCCGAGCCUAUAUCCUCCACGUCCCCAUCCCAACCUCAACCCGCAGCAAACUCCGCACCGCCCAAGAAGGUCGAAUGGCCUCCUUCCGUCCGCGAAUAUGUUCAACGCUCCUUUGCCGACCUCUCUGCUGUCCCUAGCAUCGGCCGUAAAGACAUUGAAGACACGCUUAAGAGGGUCAUCACCGAAGCCACCGAGGCCAACAUGCUGUACCAAAUCGACUGGGAUAAGCAUCCCCUUCCCCAAGAGAUCAUCAUGACCCGGCGGAACACGGCCACAAAUGUAGACAACUUGCCUUGGAGGAAUCAGUCGACCCCAGAGAAGAAGAUGACGGAUGCAAAUGGCGCUUUUCCGAAGAAGCGCAAGUCUCCCGAUGCGAACCACGAUGCUGACGAUGACUCCCUUCCACCAUGGCGGAGAACUAACAAGAGAAGACUUGAUGACCGCAGCGAACCCCCCACCUCGCCCGGCGUAGUCCGAAGCCUGGCAGACCGAAUGGACAAAAACCACAUCACCCCCAAAGGACUUCGCGACAAAGGACUCAGUAAGUACGACAACGAUGCCGACAAGAUCGAGAAGCGCCAGCAACGCUUCUACAGCGGCAAGAGCUCCCCGCGGCCCUGGAACACCUCGCGCGACGACUCGCCCGCGGAUGCCAACGACGGACCGGUUGUGGGCACCUGCCAAGACCUGGAAAAGCGAUACCUUCGUCUCACCUCAGCACCGAAGCCGGAGGCCGUCCGCCCGCCGAACGUCCUGGAGAGAACAUUGGAGCUCCUCAAGCAAAAGUGGAAGAAGGAAGGAAACUAUACGUACAUCUGCGACCAGUUCAAGUCGCUUCGCCAGGACCUGACUGUGCAACACGUCAAGAACGAAUUUACCGUGACAGUGUAUGAGAUCCAUGCCCGUAUUGCUUUGGAGAAGGGGGAUUUGGGUGAGUAUAAUCAGUGCCAGACGCAGUUGCGUGCACUGUAUUCGCAGAAGCUCGGAGGGCAUCCGGCAGAGUUUCUGGCAUACCGCAUUCUCUAUUUUAUCUAUACGCAAAAUCGAACCGAUAUGAACGAGGUGCUGGCCGAUCUAACCCCCACAGACAAAACACAACCAGCGGUCAAGCACGCUCUGGACGUCCGAUCCGCUCUGGCUCUGGGCAAUUACCAUAAGUUUUUCAGAUUGUAUCUUGACACUCCGAACAUGGGAGCGUACUUGAUGGACAUGUUCAUUGUGCGCGAGCGACUAGCCGCCUUGGCUAACAUUUGCAAAGCGUACAAGCCCAACAUCAACAUCAAGUUCCUCACGGACGAGCUCGGAUUCGAGUCUUACCAAGAUUGCGUGCAGUUUCUGUGUGACCAUGGCGCUCAACAAUUCUUGGAGCAGAAGAAAGAUGACGGUAGUGUGAUUUUCCAUACGCAACCGCAGUCGGCGGCACUCUUCGAACAGCUGAAAGCGGGAGCUUUCCGCCGGGUCGACAUCAAGGGCCAAAUAUGA